GCACUGAAUAGGAGAGAGGGACAGAGAGGUUGUUCGUGUCGUUGCCUUCUUUUUCCUUUCCUUUUUUGUGGAAUUUCCCUUUCUGGCUAAGAAGGAGCGGAGGAAAAAAAGUGGGGAAAGUGCAUCUUUUGGGGAGUGGGCAACCAUGACCGAAGAAAGCAAAGGGGAAGGGAAAGGAGAAAGUGGGAAAGACUUGGAGAAGCAUCUUCGCCUCCGAGUGUGCGUUUUGAAUGAGCUGCUGAAGACGGAGCGGGACUAUGUGGGCACCUUGGAGUUUUUGGUCUCGGCAUUUCUUCAAAGAAUAAUGCAAUGUGCUGCUUCUAAAAUUGACAAAAAUAUUACAGAGGAAACAGUUAAGACAUUGUUCUCAAAUAUUGAAGAUAUUCUUGAGGUGCACAAGGAUUUUCUAUCUCGUAUUGAAAAAUGUUUACAUCCUGAACCAAAUGCCCAACAUGAAGUUGGAACCUGCUUUCUUCACUUUAAAGACAGAUUUCGUAUCUAUGAUGAAUAUUGCAGUAAUCAUGAGAAGGCACAAAAACUUUUGCUUGAACUCAACAAAAUAAGAACAGUACGGACUUUUCUACUGAACUGCAUGCUGCUAGGAGGACGCAAGAAUACUGAUGUACCACUAGAAGGUUACUUAGUGACACCAAUUCAGAGAAUAUGCAAGUAUCCACUUCUUUUGAAGGAGUUGCUAAAGCGAACUCCCAAAAAGCACAGUGACUACUCUCUGCUAAUGGAAGCUCUCCAAACUAUGAAAGCUGUCUGCUCCAACAUUAAUGAGGCCAAGAGACAGAUGGAAAAAUUAGAGGUUUUAGAAGAAUGGCAGUCUCACAUUGAGGGAUGGGAGGGAUCUAACAUUACAGACACGUGCACAGAAAUGCUUAUGUGUGGAGUUUUGCUGAAAAUCUCUGCAGGCAAUAUACAGGAACGAGUGUUUUUUCUCUUUGACAACCUUUUGGUCUAUUGUAAGAGGAAGCACAGACGACUGAAAAACAGCAAAACCUCCUCUGAAGGUCAUCGGUACCUUUUCCGGGGCAGAAUAAACACUGAAGUGAUGGAAGUAGAGAAUGUAGAUGAUGGAACAGCUGACUAUCACAGCAGUGGCCACAUUGUUCUCAAUGGAUGGAAGAUACAUAACACAGCAAAAAAUAAAUGGUUUGUCUGCAUGGCAAAAACCCCUGAAGAAAAACAUGAAUGGCUGGAAGCGAUUCUAAAAGAACGUGAAAGAAGAAAAGGGUUGAAACUAGGUAUGGAACAAGAUACCUGGGUGAUGAUCUCAGAACAAGGAGAGAAACUUUAUAAAAUGAUGUGUAGACAAGGGAACUUGAUCAAAGACCGAAAGAGAAAAUUAACAACUUUUCCAAAAUGCUUUCUCGGAAGUGAGUUUGUGUCCUGGUUGCUAGAAACUGGAGAGAUUCACAGACCUGAAGAAGGUGUUCAUCUUGGUCAGGCUCUGCUGGAGAAUGGCAUUAUCCAUCAUGUUACUGACAAGCAUCAGUUUAAACCUGAACACAUGCUCUACAGAUUUCGUUAUGAUGAUGGCACAUACUACCCAAGAAGUGAAAUGCAGGAUGUAAUUUCCAAGGGUGUAAGAUUAUAUUGUCGUCUACACAGUCUAUUUACUCCUGUGGUAAGGGAUAAAGAUUACCAUCUACGAACCUACAAAUCUGUUGUUAUGGCUAAUAAAUUGAUAGACUGGCUAAUUGCACAGGGAGACUGCAGGACGAGAGAAGAAGCAAUGAUCUUUGGCAUAGCACUUUGUGACAAUGGAUUUAUGCACCAUGUGCUUGAAAAAAGUGAAUUCAAAGAUGAACCACUUGUCUUUCGCUUCUUUGCGGAUGAAGAAAUGGAAGGCUCAAACAUGAAGCACAGGCUCAUGAAACAUGAUUUAAAAGUAGUGGAAAAUGUAAUUGCAAAAUCACUCCUGAUUAAAUCAACUGAAGAAAGCUAUGGUUUUGGUUUGGAAGACAAAAACAAAGUGCCAAUAAUUAAAAUAGUGGAAAAGGGAUCAAAUGCUGAGAUGGCAGGUCUGGAGAUUGGGAAAAAAAUCUUUGCCAUAAAUGGUGACCUUGUUUUUCUGAGACCCUUCAGUGAAGUGGAUAGCUUUCUGAAAGCAUGUUUAAGCAUCAGAAAGCCCCUCCGGGUACUUGUGAGCACAAAACCCAGGGAGACAGUGAAGAUACCCGAUUCUGUGGAUGGUCUUGGAUUCCAGAUACGAGGCUUUGGCCCUUCAGUUGUCCAUGCUGUUGGAAGAGGAACAGUUGCUGCUUCUGCCGGCCUUCACCCGGGACAAUGCAUCAUCAAAGUGAAUGGAAUUAAUGUCAGCAAAGAAACACAUGCAAGUGUCAUUGCCCAUGUCACAGCUUGCAGGAAACACAGACGCCCAAUGCAUCAAGAUUCUAUUCAGUGGGUAUAUAACAGCAUUGAGAGCGCUCAGGAAGAUCUGCAGAAAACAAAUUCCAAGCCUUUGGGAGAUGAUGGAGGAUACGCAUUUGACUGCAAAGUAGAAGAUAAGAUGGAAACAAAAGAAGUUGACUUGAAACAUCUAUUUCUAGAAGUAAUUGACAAAUUUAAUACCAUGGCAAUAAUUGAUGGACGGAAGGACCAUGUCAGUUUAACUGUUGAUAAUGUUCAUCUGGAAUAUGGUGUCGUUUAUGAAUAUGACAGUACAGCUGGAAUAAAAUGUCAUGUUUUGGAGAAGAUGAUUGAACCAAAGGGCUUUUUCAGCUUGACUGCAAAGAUUCUGGAAGCACUUGCAAAAAGUGAUGAGGAAUUUGUGCAAAACUGUAACAGCCUAAAUAGUCUGAAUGAAGUAAUACCUCCUGACUUGCAAAGUAAAUUCAGCACCAUUUGCAAUGAGAAAAUGGAACACAUUUGCAGAAGGAUUACUAGUUACAAAAAGUUUUCACGGGUUUUAAAAAAUCGAGCUUGGCCUACCUUCAAGCAAGCCAAGUCAAAGAUUUCUCCACUACACAGCAGUGAUUUCUGUCCAACAAAUUGCCACAUCAAUGUGAUGGAAGUCUCAUAUCCUAAGACUUCAACAUCAGUUGGCAGUGCCUUUGGUGUCCAGUUGGAUAGCAGAAAACAUCUAUCACAUGAAAAAGAGAACAAAUAUACUGACCAAGGUAAACUGAAUCCCAUGGUCUAUGUACAACAUACAAUCACUACCAUGGCAGCUCCUUCAGGACACUCCUUAAGUCAACAGGAUGGCCAUGGUUUGAGAUAUCUGUUAAAUGAAGAGGAUCUGGAAACACAAGAUGUCUAUCAGAAAUUGUUGUGCAAGUUGCAGGCUGCACUAAAAGAGGUGGAAAACUGUGUUUCACAAAUAGAUGACCUUCUCUCUUCAAUAACAUAUUCACCAAGAUCAGAGCAUAAAACCCACGAACCAUUAACAUCACCAGACAGUGAUAACGAAAAAGGAGAACGCAAUGGGAAAAAGGUCUGUUUCAGCGUAACUGGUGAUGAGCAAGAAGAUUCUGGUCACGAUACUAUUAGCAACAGGGAUUCAUAUAGUGACUGCAACAGCAACAGGAAUUCUAUUGCUUCUUUUACCAGCAUUUGCAGUAGUCAGUGCAGUUCUUACUUCCACAGUGAUGAAAUGGAUUCUGGUGAUGAACUUCCUCUGAGUAUACGCAUUUCUCAUGACAAGCAGGACAAAUUACAUGGCUGUUUGGAGCAUCUUUUUGGUCAGGUAGAUUCAAUUAUUACUCUACUGAAAGGACCGGCAGUAGCAAGAGCUUUUGAGCAGACCAAGUUCUUCACACCAGGUCGAAGUUUGCAAGAAUUUCAGCAGGAAAUUGAACUUAAACUCAGCUGUCCAAAGCGACUGAGACUUCAUAUCAAGCAAGACCCUUGGAAUCUUCCUAGUAGUGUUCAGAAUCUUUCCCAAAACAUCAGAAAGUUUGUUGAAGAGGUGAAAGCGAGGAUCCUUUUGGCACUUCUUGAAUAUACAGAUAGUGAGAUACAGCUCAGGAGAGACAUGGUUUUCUGCCAGAGUUUAGUGGCCACGGUUUGUGCUUUUUCAGAGCAACUAAUGGCUGCCUUAAAUCAGAUGUUCGACAAUACCAAGGACUGUGAAAUGGACACACAGGAGGCCAGCAGAAGAUGGCUAGAACAGAUAUCCACUGCAGGUGUCCUCCUUUACUUCCAGUCAUUGUUGUCACCAAACCUGACUGAUGAACAAGCCAUGCUAGAAGACACAUUGGUAGCAUUGUUUGACCUGGAGAAAGUUACAUUUUAUUUUAAGCAAUCUGAACAGGAGCCUCUAGUUGCAAAUACACCAAUUACAUAUCAAGCAGAAGGAAGUCGUCAAGCCUUGAAAGUUUACUUUUAUCUCGAUAGUUAUAAUUUUGAACAGCUUCCUCAAAGACUACAAGACGGUGGAGGUUUUAAAAUUUACCCAGUCCUGUUUGCACAAGCACUGGAGAGCAUGGAAGGCUAUUAUUAUAGAGACAAUGUAUCUGUAGAAGAAUUUCAAGCCCAGAUUAAUGCAGCUUCAUUGGAAAAAGUAAAACAGUACAACCAGAAACUCAGGGCAUUCUACUUGGACAAGUCAAAUCUUCCACCAAAUUCGACAUCAAAAGCUGCAUAUAUAGAUAAGCUGAUGCGUCCCAUCAAUUCUCUGGAUGAACUUUAUCGGCUGAUGGUAUCUUUCAUAAGAUCUAAGCGCACAGCAACCUGUGCUUACACGGCCUGUGGUGCAUCUGGAGUUGGGCUACUGUCGGUUUCUUCAGAACUCUGUAGCAGACUUGGAGCUUGCCAUAUCAUCAUGUGCAAUAGUGGAGUACACCGUUGUACUCUGAGUGUUACUCUGGAGCAGGCUAUAAUUCUUGCUCGGAGUCAUGGUCUACCUCCUCGUUACAUUCUGCAAGCUACAGAUGUGAUGCGCAAACAGGGAGCAAGAGUGCAGAACACAGCCAAGAAUUUAGGCGUUAGGGACCGAACGCCACCAUCUGCUCCGAGGUUGUACAAGCUGUGCCAACCACCACCUCCUGUUGGAGAGGAGUAAAGACCUCCAUCUGAGGAAUAAUCAAAAUGCCAGUUUCCAUGACACUGAAAAACGUGAACACAACAGUCUCUGACAGAAUGUGCUUUGAGUACUGAUCAGCUGUAUCGCUUAGCACUGGAUACAGCAAUCUUUUCAAAUUCAACUGUGCUACUGACAAACAAAUACUUUUGAGAGAGAAAGAAUAUCUGGAUGUAAGAUGUAUGCUCUGUGAUUUUAAACCCAGGGCACUUUCACUAGAAUGAGCUGUGUUUUAAAUGACUACUUCAGAAACGCCAGUGAUAGUAAAAAAAAAAAAAAAAAGAACAGAAAGAUGAAGUGCAGACAGGGAAAAACACUGUUCGAUAGUUUCAAAAACCGAUGCCUUCAUUUAGAGAGCCAUAAAGCAAUAAACAAUUUUAAGUUUUUAUUGUAGAGUGUAUUCAUUGCAUGUAUAAUACUCUCAUUCCCUAAUCAUAUUCUCGUAUUUUAAAUUCUAAAUUCGAGCUGUACUUGAAAUUAUAAUGUUUGUGAAGGAGCAGUUAAGGCACUCAAAUGGGAGCCAAAUUAUUCAUAAUAUAUGGGUAACAGUCUAAGAAGUUUAGUGAGUGCUUUGCAUGACUUGGCAGUAGUGACAUCCGGCACAAAGAGAUGAAGGAUUAGAAGUGACAGACUGAUUCCGCUGAGUCAAAAUUCCAUUCAUUGUUCAUAAGACAUUGUUUGGUAACCCACAAAUGACAGUGGAUUUUUCAGCACCAGAGCAUGCUGAUUGAGUUUGUAGAAAAUUCUGCUAAAACCAUACAUUCUUAGACAUUUUUGUAUUUCAGAGUUCUGGUGUACAUUUAUGCUUGAAUAUAUUUUAAGCAAGGAAAGUACUGCCAAUGCCUAUGUGUUACAGUUUAAAAUCUGUAUCUUUUGCUAAACUAUCUAGAGAAUUGUGUUAUGUCAAAUCCUUACAAUUAAAGCAGAGAUAUAUCUCCACCCACCAAUGUUUUUUGACAGUCUACACAAUUUUACUUUAGAAAAUGAAACUGGAUUAAUGUUGCAAAAGAAUCCUGGACCAUCGCAACAUAAGAAAACAGCAUUACUAAUGCACAAAACACCCAUCUAGCAAUGUUCAAAAAUCAACUGUUUGUCAGAUAAUGGAAUUAAUACAAAACAUAUGAACUGACCAACAAAA